CACGGCUCAGGAAAUCCCCCCAUGAGCCCCCGUCAUCCCCCCAUUGUCCACAUCUUGAGCGAGAUCGGUAACAGCUCCGCGUUAUGAGAAUUCGAUACUCGCGAUACAUUUUGUGAAGCUGGUCAAAUACUGCUAGUAGAACACCGACUACCACUCACCGCGAGAUAUCGCCGAAUCUGGAUUUCUAAGCUGUACGACUGGUCUGGGGAAGGAGGAAUCCUCUAUAAAAUAUCUCCAGUGGCUUUGUGCUUGCUUGACAUUUGAAGACUAGUGCUUGGAGAUCCAGUGCCGCGACGGUCCUCCACAAAAUGCCGAAAUCAAUCUCCAUAUCAAAGGUCGACGGCAAGCCCGGACAGGUCUACUACCCGCUUUCACUGGAUGAAGUCCCAAAGCCUUCGCCAAAGGGUAAAGAAGUCCUCAUCAAGAUCCACGCCGCCGCCUUGAACCACCGCGAUCUUUUCAUCCGUCAACACUUGUAUCCGGGCACAGCGUUCGGCAUUCCUCUCCUGGCCGAUGGGUGCGGCACAGUUGUGGCCAUUGGUAGUGAAGCCAAUCCGAGCUGGAAAGGCAAGCGAGUUGUCGUGAAUCCCGGGACCGGCUGGAAGGACAGCCUUGAUGGACCAGAGGACAAGGGCGGAUACAAGAUUCUAGGAGGAACAAAGACGAAUGCAAAUGGCACCCUUCAAGAGUACAUGUGCAUUGACGAAGGAGAACUCGAAGAGGCGCCUGAGCACCUCUCCUCAGUUGAAGCGGCCGCCUUUAUCCUCACCGGUCUUACUGCAUGGCGAGCAGUGAUGGUCAAGUGCGGCGAAAAGAAUCUCAAGCCGGGCAAGAACAUCUUGAUUACAGGGAUUGGUGGUGGAGUGGCGUUGAUGGCCCUGGAGUAUGCCAAAGCGGCCGGCGCCAAUGUCUGGGUCACCAGUGGCAGCGAAGAAAAGAUCAGGAAGGCGGUCGCUCUGGGAGCAAAGGGUGGAAUCAACUACAAGGAACAAGGCUGGGACAAGAAAUUACAGGCCAUGUUGCCGGCAGAGAACAAGCAGUUGGACGCAAUUGUCGACGGUGCUGGUGGGGAUGUCGUCUCCGUCGGGGCCAGGCUGCUCAAGCCAGGUGGUGUGAUCGCGGUCUACGGCAUGACAAUAGGACCGAAGAUGCCCUUCCUCAUGCAAGCCGUCUUGAAGAACAUUGAGGUCAAGGGAUCGACUAUGGGGUCCCGAAAGGAAUUCAAAGACAUGGUGGACUUCAUCAAAACCAAGACGGUCAGGCCAGUGGUGUCGCGCGUCGUCCAAGGCUUUGAUCUGGACGCCCUCAACGGCUUAUUCGACGAAAUGAAGAAAGGCAGCCAAUUCGGCAAAUUGGUGGUCGAAAUCUCCAAAGAAGGCGCUGAGAGCAAACUGUGAGUAUUAUUAGCAGUCGAUUCAGAAACCAAAAUUAGCCUUGAAUCCACAGAUAGAUGCCAGAUGUUGAUUUGUCUCCUC